AUGGAGCGAGAUAUCCUCGAAGAAUACCACAAUGCCCAGAACCAUCUUGGUUUCCAUCGCGUAUACUACCAAAUUCGCGCAUCUUACUACACGCGGGGUCUCGCCAAACGGCUAACCCAAUACAUCUUCCAUUGCCUAAAAUGCCUAUCGCACCAGACGAGUCUCGAACAAGAGAGGAGACUAGGUAUCUUAUAA